UAACUGCCAGCAUCCAUGGAACUGCUCAGCUUGGAGGAAUGUCGCUUGGUAGCAUUACGUACGCUUCACCUGGAAACAGACGAUGAUAAUUUGGUUUUAUUGGAGCGACAACUCGAUGCGGGCUCGAAUGAUCUAAUGGGCUACAUGGGCGAGUACUAUAAGCUGCGCUUGGAAUUGGAAGACACAAGAACUAACUCCAAACAUCAUUUGCAAUACUUUGUUAAGAGUAUACCCUACAAAAAUCCACCGCAAAGAGCCGAAUGUGAACGAAAAGGGGUCUUUCGCAAGGAAACGGCCAUCUACAGGCAACUGCUGCCCAAUAUACAGAGAUAUGCAAGCCGAAAGCUCUUCCCGCAGUGCUAUUACAGUCGAGACGACAUAAUGGUGCUGGAGGAUCUCACGCCGCUCUAUCGACAUCUAAAACCCACGGAGUGCUACAUUUUCGAACAUUAUAAAUUGGUGCUGGAACAUUUGGCUGCUCUUCACGCUGCAAGCAUUGCCUGGGAGGAGGUCGAACAAUUUAAUAUUGGCGAUCGCUACAAGAAUGUGUUCAACGAGCUGCUUAUGAACAUGCAAAACGAGUGGUUUAUCACAGGCUUAAAGGGCAUCGUUUUCUUAGCAGCACGACAUGAAAAAUACCAAACGGACAAAGCCCAACGAUUCAUCAGGGAAAAACUUUACCAGCUGCUGACCAAAUCGGAACAUCUAGUAGAACCCUCGAAAACCAUUCGAAAUGUGCUCUGUCAUCGAGAUACUUGGGAUCGUAAUAUACUGUUUGGUUUCGCCAACAAGGAUGACAGCUUGCCCAGCUCCUGUUGCAUUGUGGACUUCCAGUUGACCGAGUAUUGCUCCCCCACAUUGGAUGUGCUCUUCGUGCUCUAUAUACUCGUGCCCUCGGUCAGUGAGAGACGUGAGAUUUAUGAGCAGGCACUGGAGCAUUAUUAUGAUUGUCUUCAAUCCGAAUUUGUGCGACUUGGCCUACCCGUUGGUCUGAUUAGCAAGGAGAACUUUAUGGAGGAUUGCCAACGCACACGCCUGUUUGGUUUGAUAGUUAAAGCUUUAACCGAGCCACAGACAAAGAUGUCGGCGAGCAUAUCCAACAAAUUGCGCGCGGAAGAGCCCGAGAAAUUCGACUCUUACCUUAACUGUGAUCGUAGCGAAAUGUAUCUGAGAGUGAUGCAGAUGCAGCCGGACUACGAAGAAACGAUAAUGAAGCCCAUCGAGGAGCUAGUUGAUUAUCUGAUUGAGCACGAGAGCCUGUACACCUAAGUAGAUGGGUUCCUUUAUAUUCUCGUUGUUAAGAACUCGUAAUAGCUGUUAUAGAAAUCUGUUACGACAGAAGUAAAGUUCACUUGCAUUAUCCAAAA